AUGACCGUCUGCCCGCGCAUCCCACUUGAAAUCCUCUAUCUCGUCGUUCACAAGAGCGACAGGCCUACCCUCGCAGUUCUUAUGCGGACGACGACGGCGCUAUCCCGUGAGGCGAAGCCGUUGUUCUUCGCGAGCAUAUCCGUCGCGUCCGCAGGGUCUAUGGUGUCGCUUUCGCGAGCGCUUGCCCAAGGUCAAUUCCAAUCAUCAUGGCUCCGUCGACUUCAUGUGAUUUAUCCCCCUGUACACCUUCCCCGCUUUUCCAACGUGACAAGUCUUCGGUGGAGUGUCUCCCCGUUCAGUACAGGCGCCUUUUCGCCUUCUACGCUCCGCGACGCCAUGUCCUCCUUCCCAUCACUCGUCGCAUUAGCGCUUUACGAAGGCCCUCGUACCUCACACGAACUCGACGUCGUGCUGUCCCCAGUUGCGCCUAUGCUGCAGACGCUGGAGUUGGCUUUUCACGCGCCCUUCGCGAUCAGUACAUCGACUUUUGGGGCGCACUUUCCUGCGUUGCGCGAACUCAUCUUCGCCGACGGGUUUGCCUGUGACCUCGGCGCAUUUCUUGGGACGUUCCGGGCGGUUCCUCCUAUAGAGGUCCUUCGCGUACCGGCCUUUUGUUCGUGGGAGACACUGCGACGCAUUCUGCCCCUUUUCGCGUCCAGCCUUCGCGUUCUCGACGUCGACGUUCUAACCUCAGUAGUGAUGUACAGUGACAGGCAUGCGCUUUGUUUUGUGAAGGGAAUGGACCAUCGGAGGUCAACUGGCCGAGGUGGUGUUGUCUCGUGUUAG